AUGGUAUCAACAACGGCAGACGACAACAAAAAUGCCGGUACUGGCGUACUGGCAACAGCAUGGGCCUUCACUGCGGCUGCAAUUGUCGUCAUGGCACUCCGGGUAGUCGCCAAGAUCAAGAUUGCCAACUUCAACGUCGAUGAUGUUGUGAUGAUCAUUGCGCUCGUGUUCCUCAUUGCCAGUGCGGCUUGCGUCACUGUCGCAGUCCAGGUUAGCCUCGCUCGCAACUCGACCAUCACGCAAGAACAGGAGGUGCAACGCAUUCAAUGGUAUCUGGCUGCACCGUCUGCAUGCAUUAUCUCCUGCGCAACUGGCCGUAUCGCAUUCAUCAUGUACCUCCGCCGUCUCGUUCCAUUACAAUCGAAAACGCGGACUGUCUUUUGGUUACUUUUAGGACUGCAACCACCCGUUAACAUAGUUCCGAUCCUCCUGAUGUACCUUCAAUGCAAGGGUGCUUUUAACGCGGCAACUGAUCUAUACCUCGCGACCUUCCCGAUCUAUAGCUUCUGGAGCUUGCAACUCAGACUGCGCAUCAAGAUUGUGCUGCUGUGCCUACUCAGUAUGGGUCUCUUUGCCAUGAUCGCCUGUAUAAUCAAGGCGGUCGAGCUUCGUUCAACGAGUGAAAUUGGAUACCCUACAGUUGUGCAAGCCAAUCUGGUACAUUGGGCCUACAUUGAGGCAGGUCUGGUGGUGAUCUGUUCUUCUGUUCCAUGUCUGCGGCCGCUCUUCGUCACGAUGGUGGAAAACCUCGGUAGCUCCCCAAGACCGACGUACGAGCUCACUCCCACUUAUGCACAGUCCGGCCACACUCGGUCUCACAUCACGACGCGCGCCCACACAUACAUCCGUGGAGAUGCCCACGAUGACUGGGGAGAUGGAGACAGUGCCCGCCAGAUCCUGGAGGGGAUACGCGGUGGGAUUACUAAGGAGACGACUGUAACGGUGCGAAACGAGCUGUUAUCAGCAUAA